AUGGGAUGUGUGAAUAGCAAUUCUCAUUUAAAAAAGAAGAAAGAUUUAGAUAUCACUAACAUUCCAAUCAUGUUAAAUAAUUAAAAAUCAUCUUAUAUUGAAAAGAUUUAGGAUAAUUGGUUAGAGAUGAAAAAUAACUCGAUAUUAGCAAGGCGUCAUUAAUAAAGAAAACUAUCUAUAAAAGUUACUACUAAUUCAAAAUCUCCCUUGUCUUGUGUAAGUCACAAUUGA